AUGGCUGCCGUCAGCAAUGGUAAUCACCGAUUUUGUCUAUAUCUUUCCUUUCUUCUUUGGCGAACAACGACUCUCUCUCCCUCUAUCUCUCUCUCUCACUCGCUCUCACAUUCGGUCUCUCUAUCUCUCCCUCUAUCUCUCUCAUUCACUCUCUCUCAGUCGCUCUCGCAACUUGUACUGCUUUUUCUUGAAAUCUUCUAUUUUCAUUGUAGCCUUACCUUUGACCUCUCUUUAAUAUUUUUCCAGAUUAUUUUCUUUAUUUCUUGCUCAUUACUCUUUGAUGCGACGAGUCUGAUCUAUCUAUCUAUCUAUCUAUCUAUCUAUCUAUCUAUCUAUCUAUCUAUCUAUCUCAGUCUGUUCAUAUCUAUCUCUCUGUCUCUCUGUUCAUAUCUAUCUAUCUAUCUAUCUAUCUAUCUAUCUCAGUCUGAUCAUAUCUAUCUAUCUAUCUAUCUAUCUCAGUCUGAUCAUAUCUAUCUAUCUAUCUAUCUAUCUAUCUAUCUCAAUGGCAAUUUGAAAACUGAACAAAAUGAAGAUGCUUCGGUCUUAAUUAUUAUUUGA